GAUCCAUCCAAUCCAUGGCUUCCUGCUUCAUUUCUGCCCGGCGGGAAGAGUAAAGAUUGCGCAGACAACCCCCGAACUUGUGCUUCGUCUGCCCAUGUUCACCAUCUCUCAACCACAACAGCCACUCUUCGUUCCAUGAGGCCUUUACUGGUACUCAGCUGAACUAGCCCCUCACCACAAUGCUCGCCCACCUCCGACCUAACCCUGCCCUCUUCCGGGCCUCCUCCUCCUCCACCGCCGCUCACCUACUGCGUCGAGCGCUUCCCCGCACGACCGCCCUCGCGCGAUACUAUGCGACCUCAGGGCCCGGAUCCAACCCGACCCCCAAACGAAGGAACGUGACAGUCCUGUCCGACGAUGGCCGGUACGAGUGGGGGGAGCUGAGCGGUCGGGAGAAGGUCGCGCGGGCGACACAGCAGUCGGUCAACUUCCUCGUGGUCGUCGCUGGUGCCGUGUUGACGGGUGGAGUGUUCUACCUCCUCUACACCGAGGUCUUCUCUCCCAACAGCAAGACCUGGCAGUUCGAAAAGGCAGUCGAGCGCAUCAAAGACGACCCGCGGUGUACGGAUCUCCUGGGUGAUCGCAGGGAAAUCAAGGCGUACGGGGAUAGUACCUGGAGCCGAUGGGCUCGGAACCGACCGAUUGCGACGUCGGUUUUCCAGGAUCGAAUGGGCCGCGAACAUUUGAAGAUGAAUUUCCAUGUCGAGGGCCCUCUCAAUACCGGUAUCGUGUUCGUGCAUAUGAUGAAGCCCUUGGACCAGUAUGAGUGGGAGUACCAGCUGCUUGCCCUGGAAGUCAAAGGCCACCCCCGAGUCGUCCUAGAGCAGGCACGCGAAAAGCCUGGAGUUGGAAAGGCGCUCAAGAUCUUUGGCAUUCAAUGGCGAUGAGUUGUUGCAUGCUUGCUGCUGCAAGGGAGUGUAUCUGGAACGACCCAUCUACAACUCUAUCCGUGAGCUCAGACAUGGUGAAGAUUGACGAGGAACGUCUAGAGCCUCUCGCCAUUCUUAGUAAUAUCAUGAUUUAAAAAACAGACCUAUAUAUCCAAGAAGAAGGAAGUCCAUCUCUA